GAUGGAUGAAAUUGAAACUCAUGUGUGCGAUGGUGCGAUAUUUUUUUAUAACGACCAUUAAAACACUACUCAUAGAGCUCAGCGCACUCUAUACAGGCACAUUGCCACAGGUACUUCAGGGAAUCGUCAAAAAGCACACAGUAUACUGCACACGACCUAGUAUCAGCGUACAGAGAGGUUCUUGACAUGAACUUGACCUGAAUCUAACCCAGGCUCAGCGUUGGUUCAACCAAUUCAACUGCGUGGAAGUGGAUGGUAUAGUUUGCCGAGUUGCUACCAUGUUGAAGGCUCGUGUGCAUGUUACCCGGAAAUGCUGUAUUGCUACUGCGGAUCCACGAACAGCACAUCAACCACGGUAUUAUGUAAUGGUGUAGUUCUGGAUGUUUGUCAUCAGAUAUGAAUUGAUUACUAAUUAAUUUGCACACGCGCGUUGCAUGCGUAAUAAGCUCGGCUACACCAGACAUUAUAAAUCUUGAAUUCAUGUUCUAGAGUUCGAUGAUGUGUGUUCGCUGAAUUGAUACGAUGUGGUGUGUUUGUACAAUGCAUAUGGUUUCUCGGUUGCUGAAUAUUGCAUGAAGCCAUGCGUGUCAUUCCGUUCCUAUAGCUACCAGUAUUAAAAACCGUGUGCAAAUAGACACACUGGCUAUCGAGACCAUCAAAAUCCUGCUGCUUUGUCUGCACUGUGCAAGUGUUUAUAUUGGAAUAUGUUUAAUGAUAGUCAAUAGGCGUAUACACCAAUGCUGUGGUCUGCCUCAUGCCUCUUAGGCUCUUGUUACACGGUGAUGCUAGCGAGCUGAGUAAAACAAUACACUUGAGAGGAAACUAGUGAUGUUGCUCCAAGAUACAGACAUCCAAUGUCUCCUGUACAAUUUAUGUGCUUCUGUGGACUUGGCUCAAGCAGUGAAACUUUGAGGACCAGCGAGUGAACCCAGUCAAGGUCACCACAUGCGACAACCAUUAUGCACUGAUAGUUACCCCGUGUACUAUUUAUGAACUGUGUACUUUCUCCGCUCCGUGAAUAUCCCAACCAAAAAAAAAAAAAAACCUCUCGGCCUCGCCUCCACCCACGGGCUCCAUUGUUGCCAUCGUGGGCCGGUCUUUUGUUCCCUGGGCACCCGACCGAACACACAGAGCACAGCCCAUGUUGUUUGUUGCCCACGGAGUCUAGAAACUGGUACACGUAAUUCGUGUAUGGAUCAUGCAAUACAGCUCAAAGAUGGAGGACUGCGGGUAAUGGCUUACUGAGUGAGGGGUUGAAAAGUGCAGCAGGAACUUAUAGCACGCACAAUGACGCAGAUGCUACUCCACUCACUUCUCGUGUACACGUAAACAGAAAAAGGGUACUACUUAAUGCACGAACGGAACCUGUGUAGUGACUUGGUGGCUAUAGCUACUACUUUGGCCUGUGAGUUUAAACGGCCUCUGUAAAACUGAGCCCACUCGACUGGGCUUCCUGGACAUAUUAGCCAAGGAAAACAUGGCCUCCCUGAUGCUUCCUGUACAUGGUCUGGUAGCCGACAUUGGCCGGAUGCUGGGAAUUAGUAUCAACUCUCCUCUGACCAGCACUAGGAUUGGUAGUGUUCCAGCUCUGAAGCCGUCGGGUUCGCGACUCUACUCGACAUUGGCUUCCUGCACAGGCUUCUAUCUCCUGAUCCACCCGUUUCCCCAUUAACGCCGGUGGAAAUGACAUCAGAGGAAAUACCAGUUUGUGGCUCCUUCGACAGUUGCUGCUGUAGCUGUGCCUGUUGUGUACACCGUCAGAAGCUGCUGGAUCCCGGCCCAGAUCUGAGCAGCCCACCAGACGACCUAGUCCGCGCGCUAGGUUGGCAUCGGGAGGACAUAGGGAGAUUUGGACUCCGAGGACCCGCUAGCCUGAGCGUGCCGUGUCGCUACAAUCCGGCCGAAUUAACAAGGCGUACCCAUUCUCAAAGGGUACCUCAUCAUCUCCACAGUCAUUGCAAGAGUCACCCGGAGUGUCCAGCAAGGCUCGUUGUUUGGCUAGCUAUUGUAGGGCUGAGCCCUCUUCUACUUUCCGUGAUCGCAAGCUUGCAGUUCCUGUGCUAUCAACGAGUGCAGUGCUUGGAUUUUAUACGCGAACUUUUGAUAGGUGUUUUCUCCGUGUUGUUUCUAGUCCCGAGAGACUACGGUGAAUCACUCCAACACACUUGGAUCCCGUCGUUUGUACAUGUGUUUCUUGUAAACUUUGACAAGUUUUCCAUUCGAGUUGUGAAGCCCGCUUUCGAAGCGUUUACGUCGCUUACUCGUGAGCUUAGAGUGUUCCUAAGCUUCAUUCGCCUUCAUGAUAAGCUCCCAACUUUGGGGAUCUCUCGCAAACCUGGAUAUACCAGUGAAAGAAAUUGUGUUAAAACUAAACCACAAAUAUUCUUACCACCGCUGCUUCAAGUUUACAACAUCGAAAUUCCACAAACUUUGACCAAGUUGUGGGAUGACAGCUUAACUUUGAUUUCAAACGUGUGUGACAUAAAGACUAAGGCGCGGACUUUGACACGAGAGCGCCUCGAAAGUGGCGUGUUUUGUCGUUCCUCUGUGCCGUCACUGACCACCAUAUUUCCCCUGGUCGCCACCCUAGGCCGAGCAAGUUACACCCCGCGACUCCUACAACACUUGCCGAUGGGGUGCAUACUGCCCAAACGCCAGAAGAACCUCGGUCUUGAAGGCGACAUCAAAGUCUACGAUCUGCACGCCAUCAUUGACCCACACCCGACCACGCUGAUCGAGAACUCGCCCACCGUACUCAAGUAUCAGACGCCGCACUUUCGUGCCUCGGCCAGGGUUCGAUUCCCGCCAGUCAGCGGCAAUGACACCUGGCAGAUUGGAUGGGUUCAGGGAUGCAGUAACAUGGACUUCAGCAUUUCCUAUGGAAACCUGGGAACGUCCAGUUGGGAGAUUCCCUCCCUAAAGAGCAACCAGCAACGUUUUGUCAGCGAUUCCGAUGGCAAGCACUACCCAUGGUAUGGCUGCACCACCGAAGUAGCCACCAUCCCCGGCCCCACGUCAUGCUACAGCACCUUCCAUCUACGCAUGAACGACAACUUCCAUCCUUCCAUUACCUGGGAUAUCCCAGUCAGGAACAGCCACCAGGUCCGACUGACUCGUCUGGCUAGGGACCAGAGCUUCACGGUCUGGCUCAUCGCCAUGAACAAGACCACGGGACAGAAGUUUGUCCUGCGGACGAUCAAGUGGCGUAUGCGGAUUAACAUUGCAGUGGAUGAGACGCAGCCGUUAGGCCGACGGGCGCGCCUACUGGACCCCAUCAUCCAGGAGCAACCGCACAUCCUGGAGCCGUGGCAGAAUGAGGUGGCGCCCCCAGAGGCGCUGCGUGCACCCAAUGCCAACAAUGCACAGACUCUAAUAUGGCGACCGACGAGCGGAGGUGAAGUCGUCAUCGUUCCUCCAGUCAGCCACCACUAACCACUCCCACUUCAUUAAAAAAAAUAAUCAUUAAAUAAAUUAAAUAAAGCAAAAACAUUGAAAAUAGAAUCAGCAUCCAAGUGCCUUGACUUUAAGAACAGUACUCCUUUUUGAUCGGGAAAAAGCGAGUCAACAUCAUCAUGAACUUUGAAACAAAUUAUAUGGCAAAAUCUCUCCAUUUAUUAUAAAACAUAUUUUUGGAACAGAAAUGUUUAUUAACAGAACAAGUGCAAUUUGUGUGAGUUGGACAUAUUUCAGCCAUCGAGUUCUGCCAUAUAUAUUUUUUUUCUUGGGGCAUUUUACCGCGGGACACCAAUGCUUAUUGUGAGUUCUGCAGUCUGUACAUACAGGAGUAAUUACAUAGACCAUUUAUCAAUGAUAUGCAAAUUAACUUAAGAUGUCAUCACCGCGACUGUUCUCCAAUUUAAAUACACAUGUUAACAACCAGCAUUAUUAUCUGCUUUACUUGAACAGAAAGCUGACUCAUGAAAAAAAACUAAGCAUUUAGGAAUGUUACGGAGUGAUUCAGCUAAACCGGUCAGCUAGAACAAAAUGCCAGCCAGCUAUAAAAUCUCCCCAAGGUUUUUUCAGUUGACAGGGUAUUAAACAAGAACAAGAAAACAUUGAAAAUGUUCUGCCUAAAGCCUGUUACUUAACAUACAUUUCUGUAAAGGACCAGCCAGUGUAAAAUAAAUAUUUAUAGCAAUCUAUAGGAUAAAACUGAAAAAGUUGGUGGUUUUGAAAUAGUUGAGAGUUAUGGUGUGGGGAGUUAAGAUGAAAGUUGUGGAUAGUGCACCCUGAUAAUAUAUUUUGUUCGGAGUAUUUUGUUUUUUUUUGAAGUUUUGCCAAUUUCAUGCAGCAAAAUUCAACUGGUUCAAGUAGAAAGGACUGAUUGCUCAAUUCGAUGAAAUCAGAGAUGUUAGGAUAAAUCUUGACUUUUAAAUUACCCACAUUAAUCAAUACAAUAAAGGUCCUAUCAGCAUCCCUAUGUGCCAAAAAAAAUUAACUUAAGGGAAAGAGUAAAAUCUUGAAAUUUAUUUUACUCAAUAACUAAAAUGGAGUUUCGAGAACUACAAAUGUAGCAGCAUGAAUGGAUUAGGAUAAGGCAGCAAGAGUUAUGAAAUUUGUACGAGGUAUCCUUGAGAUAUCCUUACAAUGUACCUCACACACGAGUAAAAACUAACAAAAAUCCUUUCAAUUUCUGUUUUAUUAGUUUUAACAUUUCUCUGUUGUCGGAGAUCGAUGGCAGAAAGAUGCUGAAAUGUCAAAAAACUGAUAAUUUUCAAAUCACUGGCUCUUGGUAGACAUUUUUGAGGAAGUGCUGUGAAAUUUAUGAAAUUUGUGAAAGGAUGAAGUGAGAAAAAGGAUUUUGAAGGGGGAAAAAACCUUUCUUGUUUGAGACGGGGCUUGUGAAAAUGAAAAACAGAAAUUGGAGCAUGACGUCGUAAAUUUGAGGUUUGCUGAACACCAAAAAAAGAUUGUUUCAUUUCCGAAAUAACACUUUGGAAAUUACCCUGUUUUUAUAUGACAUUAGUGUUACAUUUUGUUCAGUAAAAAUUUGAAACAUAAUCAGUGACUCUAAAGUUUUCUCACAGAAAAAUGUGAAAAAAAAAAAAAAAUCAAACUGAAAGUGAUAUUUUCAUUGUUUGAUAGUUUCUUCCGUUUCUGCCAUUUAAGCAACAAUUUUAGUUGAAAUGAUAUUGAUGAGGUGAUCUUGUACAUUACACAGAAUGGAAAGUGAAAGUCAAUUCUGGCUAGGAUAAAAUAAUGAACCUUAAUCGAGAUGUAAAUAUUUUAUCUUUAUGAACAAACAAAAAUAAUAUCUCACGAGUAUAUCCCCAGAGAUUUCUAAAAACUAAUCAACUGUUUUUCGUUUUCAAAUAUUAUGCAAAGAGACAUUGUACACCCACAGCAUUUUGUUUUUUUUACGUUUCUUUUAUGUUUUGUACAUUUUGAGUUUCUUUUUUGUAUAUUUUUGUACAUCGGGGUGUUACACACAACAAACGUUAUAUUUUCUAGUGAAAUGUUUAUUUUGUCCCAUUGAGUAGAAAAAAAAAAACUUCUAAAACACAAGUAAACAGAGUUUUCUUUUUUUCAGAAAUUUACUGCAACGUGAAUUGCCAAUUUUGUUUUUACAACCAUCAGGGUGUCAAUGAAUAAAGAAGAAAUUGUUUGGUUUGAGAUUAAAUCAUGCAAACAUCAGACUCAUUUUACUUUAAACAAAACCAUGUCAAUUUCCCUGCACAUUUUACUUUGUUCUGUUCUAGCAGUGCAAUAAUUUUUCUGUUGUUUUUGUCCGAUUUAAACCCCCUUCUUCUUUGAAAUAAAAAAAAACACCACUAUUUUAUCCCCUGAACAGGCAAUAAAUUGUCAUGACAAAAACAAGGAAAAUAUGAUUAACAAUGUUUAUUUUGUAGAAAAUAUUUUGUAGUGGAUGAAACUGAUGUGAAGUUGUACAGAGUAAAUCAUGCAUUAUUUAAAUCAAUAGAGGUUUAAGGAUUAGUUGAUUACAAAUGAUUAAACACCGACUACUUUCAAAUGAAUUAUUAUUUAACAAAAAAAAUGUCUCCUGAGAAUUGAAUAAAAAAUACAAAUAUUCACUGAUUGAUGACAAGUAA